AUGACUACUGUGUGCCUGAUGUCCAAGUGCCUCGUCACGGGCCACCAAUCCUCAUCAUCGGCGCCAUGGUGCCCAACUGCCCGCCCGCUGAUCUCGUCCGCCCCCGGCCUCAACAAGCUGGCACUCCUAGCACGCCCCGUCUCCAGAGCUGAUGCGCUGCGCUAA